GCUUCAGAGAUUUGUCGCCACGAGACUGAACGCCCGAUCGCUCCUGCUCUCCUUCGACCCGCCACUCCGCACUUCGCCCCGCGAUGGGUCGACGCCCCGCCCAAUCCCAAUCCGACGCCAAAGUCGACACCCCCAGACAACCCAAGCCGAAGAAAAAAAAGAGCCGGAGGAAGGCUAUCCCCAUCCCCGACCCCCCGGAAAGGGAAGAAUUCGGCAACACAGAUGUUGCUGCUCCCAGAAAAGGAAUGGUGUUUAAAUCCUUCGAAGAGGUCUGUGAAUUCUAUAACCGAUAUGCCCAGCACCUUGGGUUUGCUACAAAGAUCAAAGCGUCGAGUCACAAACGUUCCUACAUCCAGAUCAUGUGUUGGAAAGGCCGCAAGAGGGAUAAGAGAAGGCUCGAUGCUCUUGCACCGAGACCGACUUUAUAUACCAAUUGCCCAGCUGUUCUCAAAGUAGUAUUAUCCCACUUCGAUGGGUUGUACCACUUGAAAGAAGUAGUUCUUGAUCACAACCAUGAAUUAAACCCAUUAAGAAUGCACUUCUUUCGGGAUGAUAAUAUGUUAGGGGCCGGAGUAAAGAAGCGUGGAAGAAAAGAUCACGAGAAUCUACGUGCUUUAGCAGCUGGCGAUGACAACUCAGUUAUACGUGAAAGGGAUUGGAUGAAUUCCACCGAAGAAGCACAUUGGUUGAAGCUUACGAAAGAGGAUUUGGAAGCUUUGAAUUUCUUUUUCCGCCGAAUGCAGACCAGCAAUUCAAAUUUUUUCUACCUCAUGGACAUGGAUAGUGAAUGCCGUAUAAAAAAUGUGUUCUGGGCUGAUGGCAGGUCGAGAUCAGCAUACCAUUACUUUGGUGACGUUAUCUUAUUGGAUACAUCUUAUCUAAGGAGUAAGCUCAGCGUGCCUUUGGCUAUGUUCAUUGGCGUUAACCAUCACGGGCAGCAAGUUCUUAUGGGUUGUGGGCUGCUCUCUGAUGAAUCUGUAAGCACUUUUGUCUGGCUGCUUCAAGCAUGGCUUUCAUGUAUGUCUGGAAAACAUCCUCUUGCUAUAAUGACAGAUCAUGGUAGUGCUUUUCAAGAAGCAGUGAAGCUAGUUCUUCCAGGUUGUCGUUAUCGUUUUUGUCUGUGGCAGAUUAUGAAGAAUGUUCCGGAGAAAUUGGGGGGAUGUAACGACUAUAAGGAAAUAAAAAGGUCCUUUAAAAAAGCAGUUUUUGAAUCUUUAAGACCUCAUGAAUUUGAUAUCGAAUGGAGUAAAUUGAUCGAGAAGUAUGGGCUUGUUUACAAUGAGUGGCUUAGAUCGUUAUUUCACGAUCGGCAUCGUUGGGUACCAGCAUUUGUGAAAGAUACUUUCUGGGCAGGUAUAUCAGUAACUCGACGUGGUGAGAACAUGGAUUCAUUUUUUGAAGGGCAUAUAGAAGCUGGCACUUCUAUAAAGCAGUUCCUCGAUAAAUAUGAGAUGAUUAUGGAAACCAAGUAUGAAAGUGAAGCACUUGCAGAUUUUGAAUCUUUUCAUAAAGUCCCACCAUUAUUCACACAAUUUUACAUGGAAGAGCAGCUUUCAGAAAUUUACACUAUAGAUAUAUUUGCAAAGUUUCAGGAUGAGGUGAAGGCUUUGUUAUAUUGUCACCCUUCACUUAUCAAAGCAGAUGGGUCAGUAUAUAUGUUCGAGGUCAGAGAACGAACAAGAGUGAAAGAAAGUAAAAUAAUGGAGCAGAAGAAUUGCGAAGUUAUUUUUGAAGCAAAUAGCCAGGAGGUUCGAUGCAUAUGUUGUUCUUUUCAGUCUAGGGGGAUAUUAUGUAGGCAUGCACUCUCUGUGCUCAACUUUCAAGAUAUGGAUGAAAUUCCUUCUCAAUUUAUUAUUGACCGUUGGAGGAAAGAUUUCAAAGGUUUGCAAGCUGCAGUUUGUCCUCUCUAUGAAGUGGUGGCUAAUGGGCCGAUGGAGCGAUAUGAGAACUUACACAAACAAUGCCUUACACUUGCUGAUGUCGCAUCAAUAUCUGAUGAUAAAUAUGAGUUCUCAUUGAAAGUAAUGAACGAAGCGAUAGGAAAGCUUCUUGAGGAGAAAUUUUCAUCUAAAGGAAAGAAGGUUGAGAUUAUGAUUGCUGACCCAGUAGCAAAUCAGAAUGAUGUCCAUGUUCCACCUAGUAAUGCGAAUGAGAAUGUGGGGGAUGAGGAAUCUGAUGAGGUCGAACUUCUUGGUGAAGAAAGGAAGAAAGGAAAGAAGAAGAAAUGCAAAGAGCCUGUGCUAGUUGAGACAUUGAACACUAAUAAAGAAAAGGAACAAGCAAACCCAACAAACCCUCCAACAAUUUUCCAUACUGCAGUACCUGUGGCUUUCCAACGCACAGUCACUCCUACCUCAUGGAAUCCAUGGAACUUUCCACCUGUGAACCAAUUACGGCCGUCUAACUUGUUUUAUUAUGCUGCUGCACCUAUGAACCGCCCACAAUUUGGACUCUUUCUACAAAAGGAUCAGAUUGGCAAUCAUAGUGCUACCGGUCCAUCAGGGGCUUUGUGGAGCUCUCAGCAACCGAAGGAGAGAACUCAAAAUCUUGAGGCCCCUCCAGGUCCAAGGAGGAAGAAGAGGAAAAAAGUUGAAGUGGUGGAGUUGCACCCUUCAGGAUCUUCACCAUAAUUAGUGACUGUAUGCAUGAUUUUGGGAUGACAUAUAUGAAGAAGAAAAGAGGAUGUGGAAGAAAUUCUUCCCUUGUCGAGCCUUUGGAGCUUCUUUUCAAUCUUCAGUAAUUCUACAUGAAGAGAGAUUGCCAUGAUAUUUUAAGUCUGAAGUAAUAUCUAAGUUAUAAAACAGAAGGAAGCAAACAAGUCAUUCCAACUCUCAGAGACUUUUCGACGUACAAACUUACUGGAGGGAAUUGACUGUUGAGAAGCGGCAGGUUCUUCAGCUUGUAUAUGAAGGUUCGCAAUGAAUAAUCAAUAAAUACUUGGGUACCCAUAAUACAAGUAAAGAUCACAGAUUACAGGAAAAAAGACCAUUAGAACUUUGUUGAACUACAUUAAUGGGAAAGGCGAGCAACAUAUGGGCCAGUAUAUUUUCUCUCCCUGGGCCUGGUUCCUUGCUCUCGUCUACAACGAGCUCAGCUUGGGCCAGCUUUGGGUUAAAAGCAAUUCAUAGUAACUCUGUCUUUGUAUUACACAAAAGAUGUACCUUUAAAAGCUAAGAGUUAAAGAAAUAAUCUACUGGAGUAGGUCUCGUAGGAAAUUGUAAAUUUGAUGUUUAUAACCAAUGGCAUGGCAUACUUUCGAAAUUGCUCUCUGCAGAAGAAAGUGUAGCCAUGUGAUAUAUUCGACUACAAAUUGUGUUAUAUUGUGAAUCAGUUAAGAGUUGUCUAAUUUAUUAUUUUGAUUUAGAUUGUUGUAAGAUAAGAACUUGGAUGAGAUACAUCAGUAAUUAUAUUUCUUCAUGGUUAUCUUGUUUGUUCA